AUGCUUCAAACUCGAUUUACACAAAAGAAUUUUAAAAUGUUAUGUGAAGUUGCAAAUUUUAUUCUUAAUAUAUCUAAUAAGCCACCUGAUGGUUACAAUGACUACAUUAAAACAAUUAUGGAUUUUUGUCAUGAUGAUAUUGAUAUUGAAAGAUUAAAAUCUGAAGCAUUUAGGAUUUCAGACUUUUUUAAAGUUGUUAUUAACACAAAUCAAAUGAAAAUAAAACUAAUUACCAAAAUUUCUACAGUUUGUGAAAUUGGAAAACAAAUGUUUCAAGAAUUUGAUAAAUUAAUUCGACUUUAUUUAACUAUUCCAAUAACUACAACAACUUCUGAAAGAGCAUUUAGUGCAUUAAAUCGAGUGAAAAAUACACUUCAAAGUUCUAUGACUCAAUCACGUCUUAAUCAUUGUUUAUUGGCACAUAUUUAUAAGGAAAAACUUGAUAAAAUAGAUCGAAAUCAAAUCAUGUCAACAUUUAUAUCAUCAAAUGAACAGAGAUAG